AUGCCAGCGAGGUCAAUGCCGGUUCCUACGACGUUGCUGUUGCUCGAGCGUAUAGUGGCACUUGAAGACAGGCUCGACUCAGAAUCGAGCCAACUAUGUACCUCAAAUUCUCCGCACGAAAGGUUCAACAAAUACCGGUCAAGCAGUCGCCAUGCCAGAAGUCCCGAGGCAGGCCUUGGAAACUAUCCCGCGACAACAGCAACAACAGCGACUUCCUCAACCUCGACAGGUCUAUCACCUGAAGAUGCUGGCUCUGCACCUCCCGAUCUCCUUGCGAUCAGUGCCGAAGUACAUCCCAUUGUAUCUUCAAACGCAUUCGAGCUUGUCAAAGCUUCUGCAUAUCGUCUAGAUAUGACAGGGUCUGCUCUGAACGUGGAUUGUCGGAUGAUGGAAUCACCCGCGGUUAACGGUCAAGCCUACUUCGAUGCUGAGUUGGACCAGACAUCUGCGAUACUUCCAUUAGUUACGAUCUUCUUGAACGUCGUCUGUCCGCUUUUCCCGAUCAUUUGUGACCAAAAGCUGCACGAGACCACAGCCGCAGUACUCGCGCAAGGGCUGAGAAAUGAUCUUCCAUCCUGUAUGAUCAUCCUGGUCGUGUCGCUUGCAAAGUUGUACUCGCAGACAAACAUGCAAGUCCCCGACCUUCUGGCAGACUUUGAGACCGCCGCAAAGCUUCUCAGCGCGUUGCCAAUGCACCUGACCCUUGAGUAUGCACAGAGUCAGGUUCUCUGUGCGCUUUUCCUGCUCAAGAGGCAUCAGGUGUUGGAUGCAUGGAAAUGGCUUCACGCCGGAUGCAGUACGCUGUACAGCCUGAUAAAAAGGCAAGAAAAGAUGUCCCGGCCUCAAGACGAAAGAAACACAAUCCGUCGAAUGUUCUGGGUCAUCUUCAAUUUGGAACGUGACAUUACCUGUGAAAUCGACACGUUGCCUCCAAGUCGUCUCGCCGAACUUGAGAGUUACAUGCCUCUGCCUCUGGGGUGUGAUGAGAGCUCGUUGAGCCAUCUGAAAGCACAUACACGUCUUAUUUAUAUGUUUUUCCUGGCAGAGACGUCUCUGAAAUUGAUCCUGUUUCGAACAAAGUCGCUGUGGACUCAUACCAGUCGUGGUCGUGAAGCAGAACCUGCCAUACUUGCGAACUCGCCGGUCGUCUUGGAGCUCAAGAAGCAAUUGGACGUUUGGGAGGACAAUUUACCAGUAUCUCUCGACUGGAAACGGGAGGCUACCAAAGGUGGAGAGCCCCAGCUGGCCAUUCGGCUGAGACUGACUUUUUGGCUGGCGCGGUUCUACUUGUUCGAGCCCGUUAUUCUCCACGUGCUGGACAAUGUUGGAUCACAGUUCAGUCUCGAUGUUUGGACGUCCUUUACGCACGGCUUGUCGGCUGGUACUACCUUGGUGAGAGAGCUCCUGAAGGAAAGACUGGGUAUUGAUUGUAUAACGGGGAAAAGGCAAGUCCAAGCAAGUCACCUUUAG